CACAAUUUUAUUUUUACAAAAUUUUAAGUGUAUCAAUAAUUUCACUAAAAAAGCCAAAAAUAUCUUACUAAAACAAUGGAUAAAGAAACCAAGAAGUCCCGUGAAGCAGCCAAAAGAAUGCGUCGAAAAAUUUUGAAGAGUGCAACAGGCGAACGAGAAAUCGGAAAAGAAGAGAAAAGAAUCGUGUACUGUCCAUGCAAAACUAGAUAUCAAGAAAUUAAGGAUUUCAAGGAUGAACUAGAGAAGAGAGUGAAAAUAAAAGAAGAUGAACUGAGAGAAGUUACAGAGGAAAGACUGCAAAAUCAUUUGCAGUAUUUAAAAAACAGAUUCAAUAAUAUCUUGAGAAAUGAGCAGAUCCGCACGUCCGCGAUGCUGCGCGAAGCCAACCGCGACAAGCAGGAGAAGAUCAGCGCGUUGCAGAGGCAGCUGGAGUGCGCCAACAUAUCGGCGCUCAUGUACGUCGUGUGCUGCGAGCGACGACGCAAGGACAUUGAAGUUGCGGCGCUGAGAGACGAAUACGCUGCAUACGUGGAGGCACUGGAACAGCUGUUAGCAGAUAGUCAGAUCAUCAUCUCCAAGCUGGUGCGAGGGUACAGGACAGCGGGGAGAGUGGACGAGGAAUGGCGAGGAAAGAUGAAAGCAGUUGUGGGUGAGUUCACAGCCUUCGUCGAGCACUUCACCGGUGUGUCAGCGAGCCAUCUCUUCGACAUGCAGCUGCUGGAGACCAAAGCCCCGGUCUUCCCCGAGACUAAAAUGGAGCCAUGUGAGGACACCGAGAUGGAGACAGAAUCAAUACCAGAAGAUCCAGAAUCUAAACAGUGGUGGCAGCGCCUCGCUGAUCAUCCGUUUCUGGUGUUUGGUGACAUGUCGGAACUCUCUCCGGGGGAGAGACUGGGCGUAGUGAGGGAAGUGAGAAAUAUGGCGAAGACACCAGCGCCGGAGAAGUGGCGGGAGUAUGCCUUCAACAACAUAUCUCUGAAAGAUACUUGCAGCAACUGGGAGGCGAUCAAACAGAGGUACAAGGCGCUGAGCUCGCCGCAUGUGAAGAGACAAACACAACAGGCUGAUAUCAAACAGAGUUCGGACACGAGUCGUCGGCUGACCUCGAUGAACGUGGAUUACCGAAGUCGGAUGGGCUCUAUUCUUAAGAUGAUCACCUCCACUGGAACAAACUCGCAAGUCCCGAAGACGUCGUUGCUAGCAGCCAAGGAUUCCUUGGAAAUUUUGUCCGUGACAAAACUGCGGAGCCGAAAUGGAAGACAUUCCAACUAUGAAAACGAAGUCAAACUUCGUCUUCGAAAUAAAAUAGAGGACCUGUUUGAAGAAAAAUUGGAAGAUACUUACAAUUUGGAAGGACUUUCAGAUCAAGAGGAGUUAUUGAGAGAGGAAGAAGAAAAAGUUGAGAAUUUAGACGAAGAUGAUGACGUUGAUUUUCCUACAUUGGGAAGUAUGGCAGCUGAUAGUAUGUUAGUUAUACCAAAUCAUGUACCAGACGUGGACCGAAAGAUUAGCACUGAGAAGAUAUGUCCAGAGAUAGACUGUCAGAGAGCAAGAGAUGAAUUCUGGGACUCUCUCCCUCCGUACAUGAAAGCUAGCCCUGCAACAUACUAUGAGAUGACGUAUGAACAGUAUGAGACUUGUACGCCAGAACAACUGCAAAUUCUCGAAAAGAGAAUAGAAGAGCGCAAGAAGAGAGAGAAAGCCGAAGCUCUCACGCUGGAGAAUCCUUUAGACGAGUGGGCUGAUGAUGUGGUUGGUGAUGGUGAUAAUAUUGAUGAUGAGAAUGGUGAUAAGAAAAGUGAUAGAAAUGGCGAUGAAGUACAAUGCACCUGUGGAAGGGAAGAUGAUGAAAAGAAAGAUUUGUCAGUUAAAAUGCUGUAUCCAACCAAAGAGAAGAUGGAUAGAAUCACGAAAGAGUUCUUCUUCGAAGACAGAAUCGAGUUCAACAGGUUCAAAGUUGUGGAACAAGGAGAAAGGACCAAGCAAGAGAAACCCAAAUUGACGCAGGUCAAUGAACUAUUGAAGCAGUACCCGAGUAUGUGCGGAUUAUUCGAAGGAACGGCAUAAUAAAAUAACAAAAUUUC